AAAGAAAAGAAAAGAAAAGAAAAGCUUUGGCCCUUCGAAAGAUAGGCGUAGAUUACGAGAAGGCUUAUUGAGUGGCUUUACAAUUCCGCCAAACAAAUCUCUUAUACAACAUCGAUUCUUCUCUCCCAAUUCCUCCAUUGUUAUUAUCGUCAUCCUUCUUCUAUACAUUCUUCUCCCUCACAUUCCCCAAAUCUCCAUUCUUCUUCCACCAUGCAGGCCGCCGUUCAUUCCUCCACUCUCAAGCCCUCUCCCUUGGACUCAUUUCCCCGUCGCAAAUGCUCCCCCUUCCUUGUUUCUGCUCCUAAAUCACGUCCACGAGUUUCUUUUGUUUCUGCAUCUGCAGCUUCCACUGUCUCUGCACCUAAGCGGGAGAAAGAUCCUAAGAAACGUGUGGUGAUUACUGGAAUGGGACUUGUUUCUGUCUUUGGUAAUGAUGUUGAUACUUACUAUGAUAAGUUGCUUUCUGGUGAGAGUGGUGUUACUCUUAUUGAUCGUUUUGAUGCUUCCAAGUUUCCUACUCGUUUCGGUGGCCAGAUCCGGGGAUUUGCUUCUCAGGGAUACAUUGAUGGUAAGAAUGAUCGUCGGCUUGAUGAUUGUCUUCGUUAUUGUAUUGUAGCUGGAAAGAAGGCUCUUGAGGAUGCUGACCUUGGUGGAGAUAAGCGCUCUAAGAUCGAUAAGGAGCGUGCUGGUGUGCUUGUUGGAACAGGAAUGGGUGGUCUUACAGUCUUUUCUGAUGGUGUUCAGGCUUUGAUAGAGAAAGGUCACAGAAAGAUAACCCCUUUUUUCAUUCCUUAUGCCAUUACGAAUAUGGGGUCUGCCUUACUUGCCAUCGAUAUUGGUUUCAUGGGUCCCAAUUACUCUAUAUCCACUGCUUGUGCCACCUCUAAUUAUUGCUUCUAUGCUGCUGCAAACCACAUUCGUCGAGGAGAGGCUGAUAUGAUGCUUGCUGGUGGAACUGAAGCUGCUAUCAUACCUAUUGGCCUUGGGGGUUUUGUUGCUUGUAGGGCUCUAUCUCAGAGAAAUGAUGAUCCUAAGACUGCUUCGAGGCCAUGGGACAAAGACCGUGAUGGCUUUGUCAUGGGAGAAGGUGCUGGCAUACUGGUAAUGGAGAGUUUGGAGCAUGCAAUGAAACGAGGUGCACCAAUUAUUGCUGAAUACUUGGGAGGGGCUGUUAACUGUGAUGCUUAUCACAUGACGGAUCCUAGAGCAGAUGGACUUGGUGUCUCUUCAUGCAUCUUGAGCAGUCUUGAAGAUGCAGGUGUUUCGCCUGAGGAGGUAAAUUACAUAAAUGCACAUGCAACUUCCACCCUUGCCGGUGACAUAGCUGAAAUCAAUGCCAUCAAGAAGGUGUUCAAGAAUACAUCAGAGAUCAAAAUCAAUGCGACUAAGUCUAUGAUAGGCCACUGCCUUGGCGCUGCUGGUGGUCUGGAAGCCAUUGCCACUGUGAAAGCAAUUGAAACAGGAUGGUUGCAUCCUUCCAUAAAUCAAUUUAACCCGGAGCCUUCAGUUGAUUUUGACACCGUUGCAAACGUAAAGCAACAACACGAAGUGAAUGUUGGUAAGUUCCUAAGCAUUGGUGGGUUGCUGCCGCCAUGGCUGACUUAUUUCCAAUCUCUUCCACUAAAACUCAACAUUCUAGUUCAUUAACCAAGUUAUGCUAUUCUCUGUUUCCAGCUAUCUCAAAUUCAUUCGGAUUUGGUGGACACAACUCGGUUGUGGCAUUCUCGGCAUUCAAACCUUGAGCAGGAUAAUGUUACACACUACGGCGUUUUGUAGGAGAAUCAAGUGUUAGCCUUGAGAAUAGUUAGUAAUUUUAUUUAUCAAUGAGGUUGCUUUGCUUGCUGCGGGCGUCUUAUCUGAUCCUUUAAACAUUUUGGUCUUUUAUGCAAUUUCAUCAUCACCAUCACCAUUCCAUUUGUUGCUGUUUUCUAAUCCAAUAAAUGGGUUUACUUGAACUUGUGUGAGUUUAUUGGGUGAGGUUGAUAUUAGAUUCGAGUUCAAAAUUUUCUCAAGAAUUCCAUCAAAAUGGUUGUAAUGAAUGAAGCUUUUUCUUUCA